AUGUCGUUAUCCACAAUUGAUCCUGCACGACAAGCUAUGGACGCGCUAAAUAAUCGUUGUGUUUGUCUGAUGCCCGUGUUGCAUUUCGCUAUCGAAAUUCUUGCUCCUAAUGCUUCUACCAAAACGGGUUCUGCUGCAUCCAGUUCCAGAAUUGUGUUAUUGCGUGCACGACACGGUCUUUCGUCGGGAGCUAUUCUUCGAAGUGUUUUGGCCAAGUUUUCGGUCGAUUAUGAUUCUUGUAUAGUAGUGCUUUCGGGUACGCUUGAAGUGAUUGCGUCACAUAUAAGUGUUGGAACAAUUGGCUCAAGGUGUGUUACUGUGAUGACACAACAACAGUUUCAAGGUUCGCUUUUCGGUCAACAAAUCAAAUUUACUUGUGCUUCUUCAUCCUUCACAUCUCCUUCCAUUUUUGUUCAGCCCAACUUUUCAGUAUUGUUUUUUGUAUCAUGA